AUUUUAAUAAUUAAUUAUGACAUCCGUUUUGUAUUCUUCACAUCCGUCGUUACAAAACCCUAACCCUAACUCCGGCGAUCACUCCGUCACUCUCCCCACCGUCAACGGCAACAUCACGGGCGGCCGCCAUGGCGAAAUCUCCGGCAACCCCUCUCCGGCGUCGUCAGAAGCUCCGAUUGCCGUUCAUGAUUCCGGUAACAUAGUUUCAAACCCUAACAUUAACUUAACUCCGAUUUCCUUAGCGUUUAAUCAAGAUCAAGGAUGUUUUUCAUGUGGAUAUAAUCAUGGAUUUAGAACAUAUAACUGUGAUCCGUAUCGCGAAAACUUUCGUCGAGAUUUCGACGCCGAAAACGGAACCGGAACCGGUGGAGGCGGUUUCGGUAUAGUAGAGAUGUUAUUUAGGUCUAAACUACUUGCAUUAGUAGGUGGAGGUGAUAAGCCACAGUAUCCGAUAAAUAAGGUUAUGAUUUGGGAUGAUACCUCUGGUCGGUGUGUUGGCGAAUUGUCGUUUAGGUCGGUAGUUCGUGGCGUUAAGUUAAGACGAGAUAUGAUCAUUGUUGUUUUGGAACAGAAAAUAUUUGUUUAUAAUUUUGCGGCUUUGAAGUUGUUACAUCAAUUUGAGACCUUUAGUAAUCCGAAAGGGCUUUGUGAGGUUACACAAGGUAGUAGUAGUGAUUUUGUACUCGUUUGUUUAGGUUUACGGGAAGGGCAAGUUAGAAUUGAGCAUUAUGGUUUGAAGAAAAGUAAGCUUAUUUUGGCUCAUGGUUCUAGGAUUGCGUGUUUUACGCUUUCUCAAGAUGGGCGUUUGGUUGCUACGGCUAGUAGUAAAGGAACUUUGAUCAGGAUUUUUGAUGCGCGUGAUGGGAUAUUGUUGCAGGAGGUAAGAAGGGGUGCACAUAGAGCAGAAAUAUAUAGCCUGGCAUUAUCAUCUACUAACCAGUGGCUGGCAGUCUCAAGUGACAAGGGCACUGUUCAUGUUUUUAGUUUUAAGUACACUCAAGGAAACAAAGGCGGUAACAAUACUCCUGAAUCAUUAGAGAUUGAUACCUCUGUUACUUCAUCAAGUUCGUCUCUAUCGUUCAUUAAAGGUGUUUUGCCCAAGUACUUCAGCUCAGAGUGGUCACUGGCACAGUUUCGUUUGGUCAAGGGUUCUAAGUACAUUGUUGUAUUUGGCCACCAAAAGAAUACGGUAGUUAUUCUUGGCAUGGAUGGAAGUUUCUAUAGAUGCGAAUUUGAUCCUAUAACUGGUGGUGAGAUGACACAAUUGGAAUAUCAUAAUUUCAUGAAGCCUGACGAGUGACGGACACUCUUUAUAGGUUUUGUGGUCAAUCAUUUUGUAGAUAUCUGCGCUGAGAAGUGAGAAUGACAAGCUUCUUAAUGUCUUAAUGAGCAAAUUAAUCACACUUUCUAAAAUGUGACCCUGAAGGUUAAGUAUCUAACUGGUAAUCGCAUAAUCUGAAAAAUUGAGAACUAAAACACAACUGAUAUUUCUUUUCUGAUAACUUUUUGUUAAUCUCAUCCUUUAGCUAUUAAUGUUAUGUAUAUGUUGAUAAGCGCCAA